AUGAAAAAGGAUGGGAUAUCACCGGAUCAGGAGGGUACACCAUGUGUUUUACCCCCAAUGCAUGUCGGGGGACCAAGGCAGAUGUAUGAGAUCUAUCAGGACUCGAUGCCAAUAACGCGCUAUCAUCAUCAUCCAGAUAUAUUUCUUACCAUGACAGCCAAUCCAAACUGGACAGAGAUACAAGACGCACUUGAUCCUCACCAGACUGCAUCUGAUUGUCCGGAUUUAGUUGCACGAAAGCGUGGAUUGCCUCAUAUGCAUGCACUUAUAUAUCUUGAAAAGUCGCAGAAAAUACGUACAGUUGACCAGGUAGAUAGAUAUGCGUCAGCUGAAUUUACGGACGAGCAAAGUCACCCGGUUCUGUUUGAUACAACGGAGGUGGGUAUCCGGUUUAUCGCCGCAGGAAUAACGGCGUUAGAAGUGGUUGUUCGCGGUGGGCGUAAGGCAACCAACAUUGACAUUGUACCUUACAACCCUCAUUUGCUACGGAUGUUUAACUGCCAUAUAAACGUCGAGGUAUGUGCUGGGAUAAGGGCGGUCAAGUACAUCAACAAGUACAUAUAUAAAGGUUAUGACAAAACAACAUUUGUAGUUGGAUCAGCUGAUGAGAUACAAAUAUACAUCGAUGCAAGGUACAUAGGUCCCCCAGAAGCUGUUUGGCAUCUGUUUGGGUAUCGUAUGCACAGAGAAAUGCCACAUGUUGAAAGGUUGGCAAUACACCUUAAGGGUAUGCAGAGAAUUGUAUAUGAAUCCGAAGCAUCGACUGAAGGAGUGACACAGACAGCUGAGAAUUAUAAAUCUAAACUGAUGGCAUACUUCGAGUACAACGAUGAGAAUCCCGAUGCCCCUGCAUACACGUAUCAAGAAUUUCCGCAGCAUUUUGUGUGGAAAAAAGAUAGAUGGGAAGUAAGGAAGAAACAGUUUGCGAUAGCUAGGAUGUACUUUGUCUCUCCGAGCGUUGGUGAAUUGUUUUACUUGAGAUUGUUAUUGACUGUUGUGGCGGGCGCUCGGUCGUUCGAACAUCUGAGGACUGUGAAUGGCGUGCUACAUCCAACCUACAAAAAAGCAUGUGUUGAGCUUGGGUUAUUAGAGAGCGACGCUGAAUUUGUAUAUUGUUUGAGGGAAGCAGCAACUGUUCAGGUCGGAAGCCAGGUGAGAAAACUCUUUAAGAUAAUUCUGGUAGAUGGCAAUCCAGCUGAACCAGAAUUGUUAUGGAAAGAAUUUAAGAUGAAUAUCUGCGAUGAUUUACAUCACGUUAUUAAAAAAAAGUACGGCAUUCUAGAACCAACGGAUGAAGAGAUCGAAGACUAUGGACUUUACCUGAUUGAUAAAUUACUGCGUGAAGGAGGGAAGGAGAUGGCGCAUUUCUGCUCGAUGCCUAAGUCUAAGAUUAAUUGGGAUGAUGAAUAUGGAAAUCGUUACACAUGCGAGCACAUGCAAAUGAUGGCAGAUAUAGAUAAGAAACAGUUUGAGAAAAAUAUUGCUAACUUGAAUGAGGAGCAACUUGCGGCUUUCAAAGCGAUAACAGAUUCUGUAGAGCGAAGAGAAGGGUCUAAAUUCUUUCUGAAUGGUAGUGCAGGGACAGGAAAAACAUUUGUCUACAAUACCAUUGCUGCGAGCUGCCGUUUGAAAGGGGAUAUUGUUUUGACUGUUGCAUCCUCAGGAAUAGCUUCCUUGCUUUUGGAGGGAGGACGUACUGCACAUUCAACAUUCAGAAUUCCUAUAGAUAUAACAGGCACCAGUGUUUGUUCAAUAGCUAAACAGAAGGAAGAAGCUGAAUUUAUAAAACAGGCGACUUUGAUUAUAUGGGAUGAGGUGCCGAUGCAGCAUAGGUAUUGUAUUGAGGCAGUAAACAGGUUUCUCCAGGAUAUUCAUGAAAAUAAGGAAGAUGACUUCGGAGGUGUGACUGUCGUUAUGGGAGGAGACUUCAGGCAGACUUUGCCAGUGAUACCGAACGGAGGUAGGGCAGAAAUAGUGGGUACGUGCGUCCGUGGAUCCUUUUUAUGGGAUAACAUAAAUGUUUUGACACUCACCAAGAAUAUGCGUCUAGAUAUGCAAGAACCAGAAAAUCGAGCGUAUGCUGAAUUCUUACUCAAGGUCGGUUCCGAACCAGUUGACAAAGUUGAUCUUCCAUCGGCUGUGAACGUAUGUAAAAACAGAACAGAGCUAAUAACAAAGCUGUAUCCCUACCUCACAAAAACACAAAUUUGGAGAGGGGAUGAGGCGUGUUACGAACAAGUUUCGGAGGAGGAACUAACUAACGGAAUGAUUCUCACGGCACGAAAUGAUGACGUUAAUGAGAUUAAUGUGGAGGCACUAAAUUUUUUGGAUGGAGAUUCACACACAUAUCUAGCAGCUGAUAGGUUGACUCCCGAGGAAAGUGGGAGGAUACCACCAAUAAGCAAUGAAUUUCUGCAAAAUCUAAACCUUCCAGGAAUGCCUUUAUUCAAACUACAACUCAAAGUUGGAUGUCCAAUAAUCCUGAUGAGAAAUCUGGCUCCCUCGGACGGACUUUGCAAUGGAACAAGGUUACUGGUGACGCACUGCGGGAAGUAUCUUAUACAAGCUAAAAUUCUGACAGGAAAGAAGAGUAAGAUCGGAGAAGUAGUGAUGUUUCCUAGGAUAUCAUUCCAGCCCAAUAUUUCGGAGUUGAACAUUAAUAUGCUGAGACGUCAGUUUCCGAUCCGGUUGGCGUAUGCAAUGACGAUCAACAAAUCUCAAGGACAAUCGGUGAAACAUGUUGGCAUUGGCUUGAAGACCUCUGUGUUUUGUCACGGCCAACUCUAUGUUGCUUUGUCAAGGUGCACUGCUGCAAAGAGAAUAACUGUGCUACCCGAAGAUAAAUCAAACUGA